AUGGCUUCAGCUUCUCAGUUUCUCCAGGAGGGUGAUCGCUCAUCCCAGCACUGUGGAGAUUUAGCCACAGCAGCUCUGCAGUCCUGGGCUGUUGCUGUCUGGAGGUGUGGAAAGGUGAACACCGCAAGUGGAAGAUCUGAGAACCCUUCUAUUGGAACACAUGUAGGUGGCACCCAGGUUACAAUUGGGAAGAUCAUACGAUUGAAGAGAAUCUUCAAAGUUCUAGAAGAUAUAGAAGGAAUCAAAGAAGAUAUAAUGGAGGACAACCCUCUGUCUUUACUCAGUGUGCCCCGUGUCACAUUCAGAUUUAUUGUUCAGUUCUGGAUCAUGUUCCAUUUUCACUUUUGUCAUCUCAGACUGAUAACUGCACUCCAAAAUGAGCAAUGGCUUUGCAAGCUGUGCACCCUGAUUCCAGGAAGGAGGGAAGUGCCUGAGUGUUUUGCUGGGACCUCAGGAAAACUUAGAAAUUGGGACCUGGAUGCAGUGACCUAUGAUGACGUGGAUGUGAAAUUCACUGUGGAAGAGUGGGCUUUGCUGGAUCCUGCCCAGAAGAGUCUCUACAGAGAUGUGAUGCUGGAGACCUGCAGGAACCUCACUGCCAUAGGGUACAGUUGGGAAGACCAUAACAUUGUAGAGAAUCUUCAUAGUUCUAGAAGAUAUAGAAGGAAUGAAAGAAGAUACACUAGAGGAAAACCCUCUCCAUUUAUUCAGUGUGAUAAAUCAUGGUUAUGUCAAUGUCAUCCUCAAGGGCAAGAAAUAAUUCCUACUGGAGAGAAACCAUAUGAAGAUAAUCUGUAUGGUGAGGCCUUUGUAAGUCACAGUAGUCUCCAAAUUCAUAAAAGAACAGACACUAGGGAGAAACCCUAUGAAUGUGAACAAUGUUUUAUGGUCGAUGACCAUCAAAGUUCUCUUCAAAUUCAUGAGAAAAUUCAUACUGGAAAGAAACCUUAUGACUGUCAACAAUGUGGUAAAGUCUUUGCGCAGCACAGAUAUCUUCAAAUGCAUAAAGUAAUUCAUACAGGAGAAAAACCUUAUGAAUGUAAUCAAUGUGGUAAAGCCUUUGCCUGGUACAGGUCUCUUCAAAUGCAUAAAAAUAUUCAUACAGAAGAGAAACCUUAUGAAUGUAAUCAAUGUGGUAAACUCUUUGCACAGCACAGAUAUCUUCAACUGCAUAAAAGAAUUCAUACAGGAGAGAAACCUUAUGAAUGUAGUCAGUGUGGUAAAGCCUUUGCAUGGCAUGGGAGUCUUCAAAGGCAUGAAAGAAUUCAUACAGGAGAGAAACCUUAUGAAUGUAAUCAAUGUGCUAAAGCCUUUGCAGGGCUCAGGAAUCUUCAAAUGCAUGAGAGAAUUCAUACAGGAGAGAAACCUUAUGAAUGUAAUCAAUGUGGUAAAGCCUUUGCACGGCACAGUCAUCUUCAAAUGCAUGAGAGAAUUCAUACAGGAGAGAAACCUUAUGAAUGUAAUCAAUGUGGUAAAGCCUUUGCACGGCACAGUCAUCUUCAAAGGCAUAAGAGAAUUCAUACAGGAGAGAAACCUUAUGAAUGUAAUCAAUGUGGUAAAGCCUUUGCAUGUUAUCUUCAAAUGCAUGAAAGAAUUCAUACAGGAGUGAAACCUUAUGAAUGUAGUCUAUGUGGUAAAGCCUUUGCAUAUCACAAUUUUCUUCAGAGCCAUGAAGGAAUUCAUACAGGACAGAAAAUUCCUGAAUAUAAUGUCUGUGGUAAAGCCUUUGAAUGUCAUGGUCAUCUUCAAAGGCACGAAAGAAUUCACACUGGAGAGAAUCUUUAUGAAUGUAUUUAAUAUUUUGUAGUCUUUACAUGCAAUUACGUACUAGAGAGAAAUUCAUUGAAUGUAAUUAAUGUGAGAUA